AUGAGUUGGCAAGGAGCAAUUGUGUUUACUAAGUUGGACUUGAGAGCUGGCUACCACCAACUUAGAGUACAUGAAGGGGAUGUGUUUAAGACAACAUUUAAAACCCAUACUGGUCACUAUGAGUUUCUGGUGAUGCCUUUUGGGCUAACAAAUGCACCAUCAACUUUUCAAGGGUGGAUGAAUGAUGUUUUUAGACCUCUGCUAAGGAAGUGUGUGCUGGUGUUCUUUGAUGAUAUAUUGGUAUACAUCAGUAACAUUACAGAUUAUUUGAAACACUUGGAGGAAGUUUUCAAACUGAUGCAACACAAUCUGAUGGCAGCAAAGGAUAGCAAGUGCAUAUUUGCUACUUACAAAGUGGAGUAUUUAGGUCAUUUUAUCUCUGCUAAGGGGGUGGAAACAGAUCUUAAGAAAAUUUCUGCCAUAUCUAGCUGGCCAGUUCCUACUCCAGUCAAAGUUUUGAGAAGUUUUUUGGGAUUAGCUGGGUAUUACAGAAAGUUUAGGCUGUCUGUUUAUGAAAAGGAGUUAUUGGCUAUUGUCUUUGUUGUACAGAAAUGGGAGAAAUAUUUGAUUGCUGGUCAUUUCAUCAUCAGAACAGAUCAAAAGAGUCUAAAGUGGCCACUCCAACAGAAGAUUUCUACCCCUUUUCAGCAAUUUUGGUUGUCAAAGUUGAUGGGUUUUUAUUAUGAAAUACAGUAUAAGAGUGGUAAGGAGAAUGUAGCUGCUGAUGCUUUAUCUAGUUUACAACAAGGGCAAUAUGUUGCUCACUACAAGCUACAAGAUGGGUUGCUACAUAAAAAUGCAAGAUUGGUAGUUGGCCCUGAUGAGAAUCUAAGGAGAAAAUUGUUGAAUUGGCAUCAUGCCUCACCUGAGUGUGGGCAUUCUGGUAGAGACAUUACUUUGAAGAAACUAAAGACUUUGUUUUCUUGGAGAGGAAUGACAAAGGAUGUCAGACAGUAUAUCAGAAAGUGUCCCACUUGUCAACUUUCUAAGUAUGACACCUCUGUAAAGCCUGGGUUAUUACAACCUUUACCAAUUUCUGAAGAAGUUUGGGUAGACAUAUCAAUGGACUUUAUUGGAGGAUUGCCUAAAUCCAAUGGAAAAGAAGUUAUUUUUGUGGUUGUUGACAGGCUGAGGCUAUUCUCUUUGCAUGGUACUGAGUUCCUCCUAUCCUCUGCUUAUCACCCUGAAACUGAUGGCCAAACUGAAGUGGUCAACAGGUGUUUAGAGACCUAUCUUAGGUGUAUGUGUGGGGAGAAACCCAAGGAGUGGAGUUUAUGGUUGCCCAUGGCUGAAUGGUGGUAUAAUACUCAUUUUCAAUCUGCUAUCCAACUCACCCCUUAUGAAGUGGUGUACAAUCAACCUCCACCAGUGUACCUACCUUAUCUUGCUGGUGAUUCUCCCAUUGAAGUGGUAGACAGAAGUUUACAAAGAAGAGAACAAAUUCUUGCACUCAUCAAGUUCCAGUUAACUAGGGCUCAAGCAAGAAUGAAGUCACAAGCUGACAAGCAUAGAUCUGACAGAUCUUUUAAUACUGUGGCUACUCAAGUUCCUAUUUGGCUACAAGGUCGAGAGGAAGAUCUUCUUAUUCAACCUGAAGCUAUACUAGACACAAGGGUGGUGCAAUUCCAGAACAAAGAUCAAAUUCAGUACCUAGUACAGUGGCAACAGUGUCCACUUCAUGAGGCUAGUUGGGAAAGAGCCAAAGAUUUUGUUCAGAGAUUUCCUUCUUUAAGCGGGGUGUUUUUUGGUCGCUGUGAUGGCAAGGAGAUUUUUCAGUUUUUUGGUCGCUGUGAUGUCGAGCUUGUUGGAGGCGAGAGAGACAGAGUUUUGAAAUCUUCUGCCACAAUUAUUAAUGGUGUUAUUAAUUCACUUUACAGUUCGGAUCGGUGGCGGAUCGGUGACAACAAAGAUUUCAUAACAGUAGGCUGUGAUGGAAACGCUGUCGACAAGGAUUAUGUUAUUGUUGCUGAUCAGAACCGGUAUGAUCGGUAUAUGCAGAUCAUAUCCAGAUCAAAACCAUUAUGUCCAGAGAAGAAUCAGUAUGUGCAGAUCAUGUCCAAAUCAGAAUAG